AUGUCAUUCACUGCUUCCCCAGUCAUUCACUGCUUCCCAUGUCAUUCACUGCUUCCCCAUGUCAUUCACUGCUUCCCCAGUCAUUCACUGCUUCCCAUGUCAUUCACUGCUUCCCCAUGUCAUUCACUGCUUCCCAUGUCAUUCACUGCUUCCCAUGUCAUUCACUGCUUCCCCAUGUCAUUCACUGCUUCCCAUGUCAUUCACUGCUUCCCCAUGUCAUUCACUGCUUCCCAUGUCAUUCACUGCGUCCCAUGUCUUUCACUGCUUCCCAUGUCAUUCACUGCUUCCCAUGUCAUUCACUGCUUCCCAUGUCAUUCACUGCUUCCCAUGUCAUUCACUGCUUCCCAUGUCAUUCACUGCUUCCCAUGUCAUUCACUGCUUCCCAUGUCAUUCACUGCUUCCCAUGUCAUUCACUGCUUUCCAUGUCAUUCACUGCUUCCCAUGUCAUUCACUGCUUCCCAUGUCAUUCACUGCUUCCCAUGUCAUUCACUGCUUCCCCUUGUCAUUCACUGCUUCCCAUGUCAUUCACUGCUUCCCAUGUCAUUCACUGCUUCCCAUGUCAUUCACUGCUUCCCAUGGCAUUCACUGCUUCCCAUGUCAUUCACUGCUUCCCCAUGUCAUUCACUGCUUCCCAUGUCAUUCACUGCUUCCCCAUGUCAUUCACUGCUUCCCAUGUCAUUCACUGCGUCCCAUGUCUUUCACUGCUUCCCAUGUCAUUCACUGCUUCCCAUGUCAUUCACUGCUUCCCAUGUCAUUCACUGCUUCCCAUGUCAUUCACUGCUUCCCAUGUCAUUCACUGCUUCCCCAUGUCAUUCACUGCUUCCCAUGUCAUUCACUGCUUCCCAUGUCAUUCACUGCUUCCCAUGUCAUUCACUGCUUCCCCAUGUCAUUCGCUGCUUCCCAUGUCAUUCACUGCUUCCCAUGUCAUUCACUGCUUCCCCAUGUCAUUCACUGCUUCCCCAUGUCAUUCACUGCUUCCCCUUGUCAUUCACUGCUUCCCAUGUCAUUCACUGCUUCCCAUGUCAUUCACUGCUUCCCAUGUCAUUCACUGCUUCCCCAUGUCAUUCACUGCUUCCCAUGUCAUUCACUGCUUCCCCAUGUCAUUCACUGCUUCCCCAUGUCAUUCACUGCUUCCCCUGUCAUUCACUGCUUCCCCAUGUCAUUCACUGCUUCCCAUGUCAUUCACUGCUUUCCAUGUCAUUCACUGCUUCCCCAUGUCAUUCACUGCUUCCCAUGUCAUUCACUGCUUCCCAUGUCAUUCACUGCUUCCCCAUGUCAUUCACUGCUUCCCCAUGUCAUUCACUGCUUCCCCUGUCAUUCACUGCUUCCCCAUGUCAUUCACUGCUUCCCAUGUCAUUCACUGCUUCCCAUGUCAUUCACUGCUUCCCCAUGUCAUUCACUGCUUCCCCAUGUCAUUCACUGCUUCCCCUGUCAUUCACUGCUUCCCCAUGUCAUUCACUGCUUCCCAUGUCAUUCACUGCUUCCCAUGUCAUUCACUGCUUCCCAUGUCAUUCACUGCUUUCCAUGUCAUUCACUGCUUCCCCAUGUCAUUCACUGCUUCCCAUGUCAUUCACUGCUUCCCCUGUCAUUCACUGCUUCCCCAUGUCAUUCACUGCUUCCCAUGUCUUUCACUGCUUCCCCAUGUCAUUCACUGCUUCCCAUGUCAUUCACUGCUUCCCAUGUCAUUCACUGCUUCCCAUGUCAUUCACUGCUUCCCAUGUCAUUCACUGCUUCUCAUGUCUUUCACUGCUUCCCCAUGUCAUUCGCUGCUUCCCAUGUCAUUCACUGCUUCCCAUGUCAUUCACUGCUUCCCCAUGUCAUUCACUGCUUCCCAUGUCAUUCACUGCUUCCCCAUGUCAUUCACUGCUUCCCAUGUCAUUCACUGCUUCCCAUGUCAUUCACUGCUUCCCCAUGUCAUUCACUGCUUCCCCAUGUCAUUCACUGCUUCCCCAUGUCAUUCACUGCUUCCCAUGUCAUUCACUGCUUCCCAUGUCAUUCACUGCUUCCCCAUGUCAUUCACUGCUUCCCAUGUCAUUCACUGCUUCCCAUGUCUUUCACUGCUUCCCCAUGUCAUUCACUGCUUCCCCAAUGUCAUUCACUGCUUCCCAUGUCAUUCACUGCUUCCCCAUGUCAUUCACUGCUUCCCAUGUCAUUCACUGCUUCCCAUGUCAUUCACUGCUUCCCAUGUCAUUCACUGCUUCCCCAUGUCAUUCACUGCUUCCCAUGUCAUUCACUGCUUCCCAUGUCUUUCACUGCUUCCCCAUGUCAUUCACUGCUUCCCCAAUGUCAUUCACUGCUUCCCAUGUCAUUCACUGCUUCCCCAUGUCAUUCACUGCUUCCCAUGUCAUUCACUGCUUCCCAUGUCAUUCACUGCUUCCCAUGUCAUUCACUGCUUCCCCAUGUCAUUCACUGCUUCCCCAAUGUCAUUCACUGCUUCCCAUAUCAUUCACUGCUUCCCCAAUGUCAUUCACUGCUUCCCAUGUCAUUCACUGCUUCCCCAUGUCAUUCACUGCUUCCCAUGUCAUUCACUGCUUCCCCAUGUCAUUCACUGCUUCCCAUGUCAUUCACUGCUUCCCCAUGUCAUUCACUGCUUCCCAUGUCAUUCACUGCUUCCCAUGUCAUUCACUGCUUCCCAUGUCAUUCACUGCUUCCCCUUGUCAUUCACUGCUUCCCCAUGUCAUUCACUGCUUCCCAUGUCAUUCACUGCUUCCCCAAUGUCAUUCACUGCUUCCCAUGUCAUUCACUGCUUCCCCAUGUCAUUCACUGCUUCCCAUGUCAUUCACUGCUUCCCCAUGUCAUUCACUGCUUCCCAUGUCAUUCACUGCUUCCCCAUGUCAUUCACUGCUUCCCAUGUCAUUCACUGCUUCCCAUGUCAUUCACUGCUUCCCAUGUCAUUCACUGCUUCCCCAUGUCAUUCACUGCUUCCCAUGUCAUUCACUGCUUCCCCAUGUCAUUCACUGCUUCCCCAGUCAUUCACUGCUUCCCAUGUCAUUCACUGCUUCCCAUAUCAUUCACUGCUUCCCCAUGUCAUUCACUGCUUCCCCAUGUCGUUCACUGCUUCCCAUGUCAUUCACUGCUUCCCCAUGUCAUUCACUGCUUCCCAUGUCAUUCACUGCUUCCCAUGUCAUUCACUGCUUCCCCAGUCAUUCACUGCUUCCCCAUGUCAUUCACUGCUUCCCAUGUCAUUCACUGCUUCCCCAUGUCAUUCACUGCUUCCCCAUGUCAUUCACUGCUUCCCAUGUCAUUCACUGCUUCCCAUGUCAUUCACUGCUUCCCAUGUCAUUCACUGCUUCCCAUGUCAUUCACUGCUUCCCCAUGUCAUUCACUGCUUUCCAUGUCAUUCACUGCUUCCCCAUGUCAUUCACUGCUUCCCAUGUCAUUCACUGCUUCCCAUGUCAUUCACUGCUUCCCAUGUCAUUCACUGCUUCCCAUGUCAUUCACUGCUUCCCCAUGUCAUUCACUGCUUCCCAUGUCAUUCACUGCUUCCCCAUGUCAUUCACUGCUUCCCAUGUCAUUCACUGCUUCCCCAUGUCAUUCACUGCUUCCCAUGUCAUUCACUGCUUCCCCAUGUCCCUCCCUGUUUCACCUUGCCUCACCGUUUCACCAUGUCUCCCAUGUUUCCCCACGUCCCCUUGUUUCCCCAUGUCCCCUUGUUUCCCCACGUCCCCUUGUUUCCCCAUGUCCCCUUGUUUCCCCACGUCCCCUUGUUUCCCCACGUCCCCUUGUUUCCCCACGUCCCCUUGUUUCCCCAUGUCCCCUUCUUUCCUCGUGUCUCCCUGUUUCAUCGUUCUUCCCUGA